GGUCCCCCCACGCAGCUGCCGACCCCCAGCCCUCAAAGCGGAGGGAGAUGGGCCCCGCUGCCCCCCAGGCGGACGAGCCGAGCCUUACCUGCCCGCACCUGGACGCCGCCGGCAACCAAGCGGUAACGGAAGGGCGAGGAGGACCACUUAAGCAGGAAGCAAUUUCUCACACACAAUGGAGAAUAUCCACGAACUACAACAUCCACUCCUGGGGAACCCCCCUAGCAAAACCCUGCUCCCAGGAGGGAUGCUCAGCUGGGCCAGUCCGCAGGACCCCUCUGGAUUGCUGCCCCACCGCAUGCCGUCCAACCUCUCCUGGCUUUCCCCCGGCACCGACCUUCUUCCCAAGCAGCUCCUGAAGCCCUGCAGCCUGACCAGGGUCACCGUCCCUUCCUCCAACCUUCCCGAAUCGAAGCUCUACCCGGAACUGUGGAAAUGCAGCAACCCCCCAAACUGGAGGAAGAAAGAUUAUAUCGAAACUGCCUUUGGGGACGGCAAAGCGGCGGGUGAACUGCCACGCAAGAUCGCCCUCGAGACGGAUAUUCACACGGUCUGCUACGAGGUGGGAGACAUGGAGCUGCCCGAGGUGGAGAACGACUCCUCGAGCGACAGCGACACCGAGAGCGAAAACAGCUUCUCCCUGUUGCAGCCUCAGGAUUACCUGGGCCUGGCGGUUUUCUCCAUGCUGUGCUGCUUCUGGCCACUAGGCAUCGCUGCCUUCUACCUGUCGCAGAAGACCAACAAAGCUUCAGCCAUGGGCGACUAUCCCAGAGCGUGGACCGCCUCCCGUCAAACGUUUGCCCUGGCGGUCUUGUCCAUCAUCCUUGGCAUUUGCACCUACAUCGGCGCCGUGGUAGCACUCAUCGCCUAUCUCUCUAACAAGGCCCCCACCUAAGCCUUUCGCCCCGCCCCUCAACGAGCCACUCGCCACCCAGUUCCUUGCCUCCUCAUGGAAGGGUGGAAAGGAGUGACCAAAUGUAGACAUUAUUACAACAUGAAGACCUAUUCCCAUACCCUGGUCUUGUGACGAAGGAAACCAACCCUGCCGGGUUGAGUUGGGACAGACUAUUUCUUGGACCCAAGAGGACACAGUGGCAGGUUCACUUGCAAGAAACUGGAAAACAAACAAACAACGGACCGAGGAGGCUAGCAGAAACUUGGAAAAGAGGAGCCGUUGAGCUGAGGUUCAACCUCCUGGGACUUCUUUAGUUGAGAGGCAUCCACCAGUCCUUGGAGCUUUGAGGAGGGACUGUCCAGCCAAGGAGAACUCAAGGGGCUUUGAGGAAGCAGGUUGAGCAUUGAUCUGGAGGAGGGGAUCAGCUUAGAGAUGUUUGUUUUGCUUGCCCGGACCCCUUACGAAGCCCCUAAUUCUCUGUGCCCCUCGGUCAUGCCUCCUUUUCUACAGAGCUACUCAAUCCGCCAUGCCUGUGAUGGACUGAUCAUCAGGUCUUCUCAAUAAAGGGUUGAGGCCCUGCUCUCCGCCCCCCAACUCCCCAGUUCAUUGUCCUCGUUCUGGCGAGCAACACCCACAAAGCAAAAUGUCUAGGGAAGGGGUUGUUAAAUUCAAGGCCCGCGAGCCAGAUCCAGCCCACGGGGCACUUAAAUCUGGCCCGCGGGGCCAGCCUGGAAAUAUCAAAAGGAGCAGCCCGCGGUGCC